UACGCGGUGACGUCAGGCGCCGACGCACCUGUCGGCCCUGCUCUCGCGGCUCCUGUCGGCUUCGUGGGGUCGGGUGGGUCGGGCCGGGGUCCGGAACCGCAGCCCUCCCCGGCGGUGCAUUGAAGCCCGCAGCCGGAGUCGGGCCGGGUGAUGAGGAGUGCUGGGUGGCUGGCCGCUCCUGUUCCUUCUGGAGUUGGAGCAUGGCUGCAGCUGUAGUGCCUCCGGAGGGAGAAAAUCAGACAGCUAAAUGGAGUCUGAGCAGCUGUUCCAUAGAGGCUACUAUAGAAACAGCUACAACAGUAUAACCAGUGCGAGUAGUGAUGAGGAGCUUUUAGAUGGAGCAGGUGUGAUUAUGGACUUUCAGACUUCUGAAGAUGACAAUUUGUUAGAUGGGGAUACAGCAGUUGGAACUCAUUACACGAUGACAAACGGAGGCAGCAUCAACAGUUCCACACACUUACUGGACCUUCUGGAUGAGCCAAUUCCAGGUGUUGGUACAUAUGAUGAUUUCCAUACUAUUGAUUGGGUGCGUGAGAAAUGUAAGGACAGAGAAAGGCAUCGACGGAUCAAUAGCAAAAAGAAAGAAUCAGCAUGGGAAAUGACAAAAAGUUUGUAUGAUGCAUGGUCAGGAUGGCUGGUAGUAACACUGACAGGACUGGCAUCAGGGGCAUUGGCUGGACUGAUAGACAUUGCUGCCGAUUGGAUGACCGACCUUAAGGAGGGCAUCUGCCUGAGUGCUCUGUGGUACAACCACGAGCAGUGCUGCUGGGGGUCCAAUGAAACAACAUUUGAGGAGAGGGAUAAAUGUCCACAGUGGAAAACAUGGGCAGAAUUAAUCAUAGGUCAAGCCGAGGGUCCUGGCUCAUACAUCAUGAACUACAUAAUGUACAUAUUCUGGGCCUUGAGUUUUGCCUUCCUUGCCGUUUCCCUGGUAAAGGUGUUUGCUCCGUAUGCCUGUGGCUCUGGGAUCCCAGAGAUUAAAACCAUUUUGAGUGGAUUCAUCAUCAGAGGUUACUUGGGAAAAUGGACUUUAAUGAUUAAAACCAUCACAUUAGUGCUGGCUGUAGCAUCAGGUUUGAGUUUAGGAAAAGAAGGGCCCUUGGUACAUGUUGCCUGUUGCUGUGGAAAUAUCUUUUCCUACCUCUUUCCGAAGUACAGCACAAACGAAGCUAAAAAAAGAGAGGUGCUAUCAGCUGCCUCAGCCGCAGGUGUCUCAGUAGCUUUCGGUGCACCGAUUGGAGGAGUUCUUUUCAGCCUGGAAGAGGUUAGCUAUUAUUUCCCUCUGAAAACUCUAUGGAGAUCAUUUUUUGCUGCUCUAGUGGCUGCAUUUGUUUUGAGAUCCAUCAAUCCAUUUGGUAACAGCCGUCUGGUCCUUUUUUACGUGGAGUAUCAUACACCAUGGUACCUCUUUGAACUGUUUCCCUUUAUUCUCCUCGGGGUAUUUGGGGGGCUGUGGGGAGCCUUUUUCAUUAGAGCAAACAUUGCCUGGUGUCGUCGACGCAAGUCCACCAAGUUCGGCAAGUACCCUGUUCUUGAGGUCAUUGUCGUCGCAGCCGUCACUGCGGUCAUAGCCUUUCCUAACCCCUACACGAGGCUCAAUACCAGUGAGCUGAUCAAGGAGCUUUUCACAGACUGUGGUCCCCUGGAGUCCUCGUCCCUUUGUGACUACAGAAAUGACAUGAAUGCCAGCAAGAUCGUCGAUGACAUUCCUGACCGCCCAGCGGGCCUUGGUGUGUAUUCAGCUAUAUGGCAGUUAUGCUUGGCACUCAUAUUCAAAAUCAUAAUGACAGUCUUCACUUUUGGUAUCAAGGUCCCGUCCGGCUUGUUCAUCCCCAGCAUGGCCAUUGGCGCCAUCGCCGGCCGCAUCGUGGGCAUUGCGGUGGAGCAGCUGGCUUACUAUCACCACGACUGGUUCAUCUUCAAGGAGUGGUGUGAGGUUGGGGCCGACUGCAUCACCCCUGGCCUCUAUGCCAUGGUCGGCGCCGCCGCCUGCUUAGGUGGUGUGACAAGGAUGACCGUCUCCCUGGUGGUUAUUGUUUUUGAGCUUACUGGAGGCUUGGAAUAUAUUGUCCCCCUUAUGGCUGCAGUAAUGACCAGCAAGUGGGUUGGAGAUGCCUUUGGGAGGGAAGGCAUUUAUGAAGCUCACAUACGGCUAAAUGGAUACCCUUUUUUGGAUGCAAAAGAAGAGUUCACUCAUACCACCCUGGCUGCCGACGUCAUGAGACCUCGGAGGAGUGACCCCCCGCUGGCGGUCCUGACCCAGGACAAUAUGACGGUGGACGACAUCGAGAACAUGAUCAACGAGACCAGCUACAACGGCUUUCCUGUCAUAAUGUCCAAAGAGUCCCAGCGAUUAGUGGGGUUUGCCCUCAGAAGAGACCUGACGAUCGCAAUAGAAAGCGCCAGGAAAAAGCAGGAGGGCAUCGUGGGCAGCUCCCGAGUGUGCUUUGCGCAGCACACACCGUCACUCCCGGCGGAGAGCCCGAGACCGCUGAAGCUGCGCAGCAUCCUGGACAUGAGCCCGUUCACGGUCACCGACCACACGCCCAUGGAGAUCGUGGUGGACAUCUUCCGCAAGCUGGGCCUCCGGCAGUGCCUCGUCACCCACAACGGGACCGUCCUGGGGAUCAUCACCAGGAAGAACAUGCUGGCCCACCUGGAGGAGCUGACACUGCGCACCGAGCCCCUGGCGCCUCCUUGGUAUUAUAACAAAAAAAGACAUCCUCCGUCAUAUGGCCCAGACGGCAAACCAAGACCCCGCGUCAAUAAUGUUCAACUGAGCCCCGAGGCGGAGGAGGAGGAGGAGGCUGAGGAGGAGGCCUGCCUGCUGACCAGCACAGCUCCUUAACCCCGGGGGGUCACCGGCUCUCUUCUCCCUCAGGGAAAAGGAAAUUUAAAAGCUGGGCUUUUGCAGUGUGGUUUGCAAAGAAUGCUGGUGGAAUGGAGGAGUUGUUGGGGAGGGAAAGGAGAGAGAGAAUGAAACGAGGGAGGCAGCGGUCAUCUCAGCCUGCGAUGGAUGCAGUGGCCUGGACGGGCCUGGCCUCGCCUCCAGCAGCGGACCUGCGCCGCCGCCGGGCCCUGUGUCCGGAGGAUUCCUCUGCAUCGAGCCAUCUCUAAGACUGCAAGGUCUUGCCCUUUUUUUAUCAAAACUGUUGUGUUUAACUCAUGAAUUGUAUAGUUAAAGCAUUACCUUUCUACAUUCCAGAUGAGCUUUUGUUCUCCCUCUCUUUAUCCCUCUCUCCCCCUCUCCCUCGCUCGCUGUAACAAAGCCUCUUUAAGUUGUGCACCUUUGGAAGCAGGCCUUUCUCAUAUUGAGAUGUGCUGUGGUUUGACUGAGGUUGCAUCACAGGAGGGAGUGUUUCCUGUGCCCUGAGCCGUGUAGUUGUGGUGUCAUGAGGUGCAUGGAGCAGUCACAUGCACCAGCGCAAGGUUGGGGAUGGAAAUCGCUCACCUGUGCACCGAGGUUCAGAAUCAACUGAAAUGUUUUGCCUUUUUUUUUUUUUUUUCUUUUUCCCGCUCUGACUUCAUGGAUAAUGUGACCUGGUCUUAUGCAAAUUUUCUAUUUCUAAAACUGCUAUGAUACACAAGUACUGUUGAGCGUAAGGAAACAGAUGCUGCUGCUUUGACAGUAAAGAGAAGGAAUACUCUGUUUAGCUGUACCUGGUUUGAACUGCAUGUUUAAACACUGGAAUUUUCUUUUUCUUGAAAUUAGAUCAGUCUUUUUUUUUUCUCCCUCAAGGUAUUUUACUGCUGACACUGAAGAAGAAAUGUAAUUCAUAACUUGCACUAAAUGUAUAUUUCUUUCUUAAAAAUUUACCAUUCUUAUUUAUAUUUUUAUGGAUUAAAAUUUAUAAAAUACAGAUCAGUUAAUAUCGCACUUAAAUAAUUUUACCUUUUUAAUGUGAUUUUUAUAGACUAAUUCAGACUAGAGAUAUGGAGCUAGGAAUCAAGUUUACAGUAGGAGCAAGGAUUUGAGCUGUGGGUGUGGUUUCUUGUCUGUGAUCAGACGGUGCAGAAACGCCUCUGACCUUGCACUGUCGCCCCAGGGGGUCUUCUGACCUGUCCAUUCUGACUCAUUAACUGGAAAAUGGAAACACUACACAUCAUUUUACAGAUUAAAACCAAAAGUUGGUGUUAACCUUAAAAAGAAAAAUCAAAUGAAAACAAUGGCGUUGCGGAGGUGGCAGCUAAAAUGUUCUCUGAACUGGCCCUGUGUUCUUGGUCACACCCUGUGUCCUGGGAUAUUUGAAUCCAUAGUGCAGUUUUCUGCAGGGUGAGUUGAAAAUGUCCUGGGAUGAGUUUGGAUUUUUUGGUUAUGGAAAUAUCUGUCUUAAUCAUGGUCUUAAUUAAUUCACUAUUAUUGGCAAAGGCAGUUUACUUGAAAGAGUGGCCUAAAAAUUCUGGAUUAUGCAUUUUUGGAGGAGGAAAAUUGCCUGCAGACAGACAUUUUCUGAAACACAACUGGCAGUGAGCUGCUUUUACACCUUGGAAGUGCUUCUUCCCUUCCUAGUUGUUAAUAAUAAUAUAUCUGUAAGAUCUGGGAGGUCACAGAUCUUUACCGUCUUGACGAUUCAUAAGAUCAUGAAGCCAUAUUAGAAUGAUGGUGGAAAGGGGGGGCGGAAUCCUUGGCAUUUGGCAACGCGUUCUGAGUGUUGCUCUGCCCACAGUUAGUAUUUUGUGCCUGUUCCCUGGCGCCUGGAGGCAAGUCCUCACUGAGCGGGGGCUCCUAGGCUCUGCCCUUGACUCUCUCUUCAGGCCUUUUUGCGUCACCUGUCCUGCUGCAGAGGCUGGCAUCCUGGGGGACAUGGCUUCUCCCGGUGCAUCUUCCUGCUGAGACGUGGGAGGCGGUGUGUUCUCUGAGCUCUUGCUGUCUCUGUCGCUCUUUCCACUUUUUCUCCUGCUGCGUCGAGGUGUGUCUGCUUUCCAGCCGCAUGGGAUGUGCAGGAUGUGUGCGGCUGGCUGACCUAGUAGGGCCAGGAGCCGCGUUGGAGUCCCCUUCCUGAGGAGUGCGACGAGAACGGGCACAGGUGUCGGCAUCUCCUGAUUCAGCUUUGCUUUCCCUUCGUUCAUGAAGAAUGCUGAGUUCGUUAAUCUGUGAUGUUGCCUAGAGCUGUAUUUAUGUUUUUAUUUAUACUAGUGUAGUAAAGCUGCAUAUCAUUACAGUAAAAGUGGUUACUGUGAUGAGUCAAUCAGAGAACCUAUUAAAACCUGUAUGACAA